AUGGCCGACCCCGCCGACAAGCCCUCGGUGCUGAUAAUCGGCGGUCUGGGCUACACCGGCCGCUUCCUGGCUAAGCACAUCCACGACGCCCAGCUCGCCUCGGAGGUGCGCAUCGUCGACAAGCACCUGCCCGAGCUGGCAUGGCUGGCCCCCGAGUUCGCCGACGCCUGUUCGCGCGACAAGUUCAUGCAGGCCGACGCCUCGCGCGAACAAUCCCUCGGCCGCAUCUUCGACCGCCCGGACGGCAAGCAGUGGGACUACGUCUUCAACUGCGGCGGUGAAACACGCUAUUCGCAGGAGGAUGAGGUUUACAAGAUGCGCUCCUACGCCCUUUCCAUGGCCGUCGGCGGAGAGGCCGCCCGCCGCAAGGUCAAGGCCUUCGUCGAGCUCAGCACCGGCAUGGUCUACAAGCCCGAGGCGACGCCGCGCAAGGAGACGGACAAGCUGAAGCCGUGGCUGAAGAUGGCCAAGUGGAAGCUGCAGGCCGAGGAGGACCUGGCCAAGAUCGAGGGCCUGAACCUGAUCGUCAUGCGUCUGCCGCACGUCUACGGGCCCUACACCAGCAAGUUCCUGGCAACCGCUCUCUGCAUGGCUCGCGUCUACCAGUCGCUCGGCAAGGAGAUGAAGUGGCUGUGGAAGGACGAGCUGCGUUCCAACACGGUCCACGUCGAGGACGUCGCCAGGGCAUUGUGGACCGCCGCCGAUUGGUACUCCAAGAAGGAGGAGCCCAAGCCCAAGCCGGCCGUAUUCAACGUCGUUGACCACACCAACACUUCUCAAGGAACCCUGGCAAACUUAAUACACGAGACGUUCAACAUCCCGACGGGCUUUCACGGCACGCUGAUUUCCGCAUUUGCUCGGCUGAACUUGGAGCACGUCGUCGACGACGUCAACGACGAGACACUGGAUCCCUGGGCGGAGCUGCAGGAGAAGGCUGGCAUUUCAAAGGCCAACCCGAACCCGUUGAGCCCCUUUAUGGAGAAGGAAAUCCUGAAGGAUACCGACCUCAGCAUGGACGGCAGUCUCUUUGAGCAAGAGACUGGGUUUGAAUACAAGCACCCGAUCCUCACGAAGGAGAAGCUUGAGGAUGUCGUAGAAAGUUACAAGCGAAUGGGCUGGUGGCCAUAA